AUGUCAUUCCUAGGCGACAGCGGUGCACAGCUGCCCUUUGCCGACCAAAGGAGCCAAGCAGACCACCAGAUCAGAGCGAAAGUAAAGAAGAGUCAGAGAGCAGACCUGCAGGGUUACAGACUGACUGGAUCUGCUACACACUCAGUGGUGUGUUUGUUGCAUAUUUUAAAAAGGUGGAGGGCUGAUUGGGUGGGCCCCACUAUGCUGCUCUGCAUCUACGGUUUCUUCUCCAUGAUGAGGCCCAUAGAGCCCUUCAUGACAGAAUUUCUCACGGGAACUUACAAGAAUCUCACCACGGAGCAGGUGAAUAGACAGGUGUAUCCUGUGUGGACUUACUCCAGCCUGGUUCUCCUCGUCCCAGUCCUCCUGGUGACCGACUUCCUCAGGUACAAGCCUGUAAUCAUCCUCCAGGGGCUCACCUAUGUCACAAUGUAUCUGCUGGUACUGUUUGGCUCCGGGGUCCGCUCGGCUCAGUUGGCCUUCUUCUGCUACAGCAUCGCCGUGGCAGCAGAUGUGGCCUAUUUCUCCUACAUUUACAGCAUGGUCCGGGCCUGCUGUUAUCAGAGAGUGACCAGUUACGUCAAAGUGGCCGUACUGCUGGGCUACGCUGCGGGUGCCCUGCUGGCUCAGCUGCUUGUGUCUUUGGCUGGAGUGUCCUUGUACUGCUUAGCUUUUCUAACUCUCAUCUCUGUCUCCGUAGCACUGAUAACCUCAUUUUUCCUGCCCGUGCCUAAGACUAGUUUAUUUCUUACGGGAACACACUCCACUCAACAGGGAAACUCAGGUGAGGACACCCCCAAAUCUCAAAGCCAGGACUUUUUCCUCAGGGUGAAAAGCAUGACGGCUGCCAAGCAUGUCGGAAGGAUGCUCAGAAGGCUCGCAUUGGACUGUAAGAAAUGCUAUUCUUCUAUGGCCGUGGUCUCCUUCUGCAUAUGGGCAGCUACAGGGAGAUGCUGCUUUUAUCAGGUCACAAGCUACGUCCAGCUCCUCUGGGUAAAUAUGCAGCCCCAUAACUUCACAGCCUACAAUGGAGUAGUGGACGCCGUCAGCACAUUGUCAGGAGCUGCAGCCACUGCUGCUGUGGGACACGUGUCUCUGGAGUGGUCUUUGUGGGGGGAACUGCUCCUGGGGGGUUUCACAUUCCUGAUCACUGGGGCUAUAUUCCUAAUGGAUCUGACUGACAACAUCUGGAUCAGCUACACAUGCUUCUUCCUCUUCAAAGCAGUUUACUUGCAGCUCACCACCAUCUGCACAUUUCAGAUAGCCAAGAUGCUGAACAGGAGGCGCUACGCACUGGUAUACGGCAUGAAUAAUUUUGUGGGCACAUUGCUCCAGAGUGUCCUCACCGCCAUCAUCAUCAACACAAAGUCUCUAACGCUCACCAUCACCUCGCAGUUUCUUAUCUACGCCUCGUACUUUGCUGCCAUUUCCCUGCUGUUCACAGUCAGAGGUGUGUACACUGUGCUCCGCCUGAAACGUCCCGCUGGAGGAAACCACGCAGAGAGAGCCACCAACCUGCCAGGAGCCUCACAUCCUCUGACCCUCUGA